UCAAAGCAUCAGCCGUGUGCAGAUAACCGUGACGAAGACCUUUGAACGUCUUUCACGAGGCACUGAUGGAGAGAUCCUGGAAAAAACUCACUUCGACCGUCUCUCUAAACAGACAAGAUCUCUAUAACACAAAGAGCACCAAUGGGCCUGCAUAACUCUCAUCCGAAGCUUUACCCCGGUGAUAUCCUUGAGUUUCCUGGUAACAAGUAUUUUUCUCAUUUUGGAGUUUAUUAUGGUGAACGGGACGGGGUUCCUUAUGUGGCACAUUUGACCACUAGAGAUUCAGACACAAAACUCUUGCUUUUCGGCCGAGCUUUGAAUUCCUCAGUGAAGUUAGACCCGAUCGAUGUGAUUGGGAAGAAAUUCAAGGUCAGGAACUAUUUGGAUGACAAGCACCCACCACGAGACUUCUACUCUCACAUCAAGCAGGAGAUCGAUGAGGCCAUGACCAAACCCAUCACCUUUGACAUUCUGUUUAACAACAGUGAACAUCAGGCCACCAUGUUACGAUACGGGGUGAAAAAGUCAGAUCAGAUUGAGAAAGUCUAUUCCAAGAUAGUUCCCACCUGGAAAGAAUUAUUUGAGAAGAAAAAGGUUUAAGAGACAUGGCAUCAGGAUACACGAGAAUUCAAGAUUACACAAAACAUUCAUUCUGAAAUGGAAGAAAUUAAUUCAACAAAGUUGUACAGACUGCUCUUAAUUGUAUGUAUAAAAUUAUACCGUAUAUCAUAUACAGUGUUGGGUGUAACUAGUUACUAAGUAAUUAGUUACUGUAAUUUAAUUACUUUCCUUUGAAAAAGUAAAGUAAGGUAUUACUCUUAUUUUUUCUGUAAUUUAAUUACAGUUACUUCUGAUGUAAUUAUUAAACUAAAUACUUUGUGUAAUCUGUGUGUGUGGAGAAGAGGAAUUGACAUCAAAAUGCAAAGUCUAACUUUAAAAUCCGUGCUUUAAUGUAUAAUUCUCACAUUUGUAAUUAAUAAUAAUACUUUAUGUAGUUUUAUAUGAUUUAUUUGAAUGAAUUAAAAGAGCCGUUUCAUGUCUAUCCUUGAAUCACUUAACUCAUCAAGGUUGAUGUAGGAUAUAGAAAGUAAUUAGUAAUUAAAUACUUUUUGAAGAGAGUAACUUGUACAGUAAUCUAACUACAGUAUCGAAUAUGUAAUUAGUAACUAGUAAUUAAUUACUUUUUCAGAGUAAUUUACCCAACACUGAUCAUAUAAUCCAAACACGUUAAACCCCACAAUAUCUAUACUGUGAUGUAUUUUGGUGCCUCAUGUCUGUCUCACAAAUGGCCACAAGGUGGCGGUAUAAAGUAAAUGUUUGCUAUAUUGAGUGAAACAGUGCAUCAAAUAUAUCACAUGCAAACCAUGGCAUCUAUCCAUAUACCAUAUAUAUAUAUAUACAUUCAAGUAGUAAAAGAGCUUUUUCACGUAUGAACUUUGAGUUUUAUUGCUCUAUGACAUCCCCUCUGUCUUUACCUAUUAGUCCAAAUUACAUUUUGUUUAUUGAAAUGGCUUUAUUUGAAUGAUCUCAAUUGUAAAUCUUAUACAUAACAACCAAAUGAUUAUUUCAAAAUAUGCUAUUUUAUUAAGCAGCAUAGGAAUAGUUUACCACAAAAUGAAUAUUAUUUCAUCAUUUAUUCACUCUCAUGCCAUUCCAAGCCUGUAUGAGUUUCUAUCGUCUGCUGAACACAAAAGAAGAUAUUUUGAAGAAUGUUGAUAACCAAACAACAUCGAACCCCAUUACCUUCCAUUAUAUGAACACAAAACCACUGAGACAUUUCUCAAAAUAUCUUCUUUUGUGUUUCACUGAAGAAAGAGUCAGGUUGCAGGUAAAUGAUGACAGCAUUUUUUGUUUUUGGGUGAACUAUCCCUUUAAGACUUGUCUUUGACAUGAAAGCUGUUCAUAUUUCAUGUGAAUUUAAGAAUGUCUUUAUUACAGAGCAGCACGCAGCAUAUAACAGAGACUUUAGGGCAGGACAUAGACACCACAUGGUAUCACAUCUGACUGUAAAUGGCAACAUUGGAAGGAAGCGAUAUGAAAUAGCUCAGGUCGACUCAGGGGACCGAGCAGCUUUUUCAAGGACAGGAAACCAAAUUCAAGCCGAGAGCCCCCUGAAAAUAACAAUAUCAUUUGGCUAUUUAAUGCUAAACCAUUUACAGCAGGUCAGUAGUCAGAAAUGAGCUGCUUGUAUAGAUAAACUGCAAAGCUCUCUAAAGAAAAUCAUCUAGAUGUGAAACAAACAAAAACAAGUGUAGCCUACUUUAGAGGGGGGUUUGUGCACUAGCAAGUGCAUGAGAUGUCAACAAAUUACUGGGUAAAAGAAGGUAGCAAACACAAGAUGUGGAAGAAUUAUCUCAGCUGUGAGGUCAAUGUGAUGUAAACAAGAGAAAGUGAUUCUAGAAAACAUUUUCAUUGCUGAAAUGGAUGGGUUUGGAAGCUUUCGGAAUCUUAAAUGUCAAGCAAAGUAGAGGAUAAAAAUAGUUUAAUAUUUUCCAACAUCACAAACAUUUUGAGUUUUAUUUUGGGAAAUAAAGCUGCAAUCCAUACUUUACAUUCUCUAUGCGGUCAUACCCGACAGCUAAAAAUGAGAAAUUAUUUGUAUAAUCUUUUGGUGAAUCAAGGAGAGUUUUCAACACUGAUUUACUUACUUGUUUUAACAAAAGCGUUAACGACUGAAGCUUUAAUGUCAUUCUUAAACAAGAAAAUCUCAUGACGUUUAAUGAUGUUAAAUGUAAAUCUACAUGAGAGGGCCAAAACAAGGACAUGCGUUGUGUGUUUUCUUAAACUACAGCAUAAAAAUCAACGGGUUGCUUUGGGUUCCAUACAAUUUAAAUAAAUACUUUAAACCCUUGCAAAUAAAGAUUAAUUACGCAAACAAAAUACUCGCAUGUCCGUCUUAUGAGCAAUAUGUUCAUUUGAUGCUUUUAGUUUGAAGAAGGCCAUUGCAGUGUUAUGCAGAUAUUAGUAAUGCUGUUUGAUAAGACGUCUGUUUAAGUGAACAAGUCAAACUAAAUGCCAUUUCAAAUCAGAAUGAAUUAUUCUUCAUUGCUCGAGUCUUUAUAGCGGCGUCUCUGUUUAAUAAAAAGGUUCAUACAUUUAAACAGAAAAUAUAUGCUCGCUUUCAUAAUGAGUCUUGUGUAAUUUGGCUGUCUUGUUGUAUUAAGUUGCGAUGUUUUCAUCUUAAGCAGACACAUGUUUCCGUUCACAUAUGAACAGACCGGUUGAGCUGCACAAAAAAAGAGCACAAAUCUCUCAUGAUGAAAUAUGGAGAAGCAUAUCCUCGAGUUUGCUCUUGUUUCUUUUAAAAGUAAAUCUGAAAAGAUCAUCUAAUAAUUCUAUGUGGACGGUAAAGACCAGACACCUGGUGCGUUUUCCUAUUUUUUUCUCCCUGUAAUAGUAGCCUAAUCCAGCUGGGAAAAAGGAAACCACUGAGGCGGAACUGCAGUCUCAUCUCUAUUGUUUGCAAUAUGAACGCUAAGAUUAAAUCUUAUAAUAAAUUCAUUCAAGGCAACAUUAACACACAAAAGCAACGCCGAGUGCUGCCAGCGAUCUCUCACGUCAGUAUAAUCAGACCCGCCAUGCGCAAAUGAAAAGACAUCUCAUUGCUGAGGGAUGUUUUUAGACACAUUUCUAUUCCUAAUAGUUCCUAGUAACACAACAGAAGAGAUCAUUUACAGCCUUACAGAAGAUGUGUAUACUGUUUAUCUUAAAUUCUACUACUAUGGUUACUAUGGUGAUUUAAAGUGUUUCAGGAUAAAUGUGUAACACAGAAACAAGGAAUCCGGCCUCAAGAGAGCCAAAAGUGUCUUGGAGAGAUCAAACAACGUGACCGAGCAUGACACUCAUGCAUUUACAAAGAGCCAACAGAAUGAAGCCGUUCAUAAUGACAGUCUGGAUAAUAACCCGUCAACUGAAACAGAUCCGUUCACGUCACACGAGAAUUGUCUGUGAUAAAUAAACACUCUUCUGUCCGGUAAGCAACCACGCCCAACAUCUCAGAAACCACCCAGAAAACAUUUCCUCAAAUCUAAAAAUCUAGCUGAACAUACACCCAACCCGUCUGCAGACACGCUCCAAAAGAUCUUUGCCUAAACGUUUGUCUACCCAAAAGAAUCACAGAUGAGAUCUUCAAAUCAGUUAUUUCUCCUUGACAUCAGUGAGGUUUAAUGGAGAGCGAAUGGAAACUUUUGCUCAAGUCUCAUCUGCGUCUCAGAUGUUUCUCGUGAGAAGAAGAGUCAGAAAUCACACAAAUGUCUCUGUCUGUAUGUGCAAUGCAUCUCACAUUUAGACAAUGGUCAAUCGCACCUUGAACAAAACAUGUGACUAAUAAUAAAGAUGACAAACAUCUGAAUUUGGGGAGUUUUUCAUGGCCCUUGAAUCUAAAGCUAACCAGUUCUAUAUAUCACCUGUGGAAUUGAACAUUCUGCUGGAUUGUCCCAUGUGAACAUUAAACCUUGCUCUCCAAACACCCUCGAGCAUCAGCGGGUUACUGAUGAAGUGCAUGUCAUCCGUUCUCCGUGUCCUUCAUCUGAUGAGUACAGACCGAUACCAUUAUUUUUACAUCCGAAGAAAAUGUGAGAAAUGUUUUUAUGUGCAAAACCUGCAGUCAAGGAUGCUGCGGAUGGUUGCCACGGCGUUGCUACAGCAUGUGGAUCUGAUGCAUGACAACUAAUCAAUAUGCAAAAAAAAAUUCAAUGCAAUAGUCCAUUUCUGACCCUCACGAGGUCUGUGUUUGAAAAAAUGGAAUUAUUAGCGAUUUCACGCGACUACAAUGUGAGCUGAAAGAUUUGCUUCAGAGCAUUUGAAUCUUAGCCCAAGGAAAUCUACAUAUUAUCUGUCCUCUUAGAAAUGGAAAGAACAUAUUCUAACACUAAAAGCGUGAAUAUCUUGUGUUAAAAACAUCAUCUUGCUUGUUACUGCGGAAAAUGAGCUCUUUUGUGCGUGAAAUCAUUUGGUGUUUUGAAACGAAGCCAUCACAGAUCUCAGAACAGCUCUCUCUCUCUUCUCUUCAUUAUAAAGCAGCAAGCUCAGGUCAAGCAAUCAGCCGCUUUUAACAAAGAGAGCUGCUGUGUUCUUAAAGACUCAACUCACCAACUAUAAGCCUCAGGACAUAACACACACCAGUCUGCUCUUGUCUUACUAACAGAGAACGCUUGGAGCAUUAGUCGUGGACAAAAGGGAUGUCCAACACUGGAAAAUUGAUGCCUUCACUUUUUAUUUAAAUAAAGGAUGUUUUAAAAACUGUACUUAUGUUGUGCAAUCGUGUUUGGAAUGAAUUUUAAGGUCUGGCAAAAAAACGAUAACACGUGAGCAAAGUAAGGAGUCAGGAGAAUGACCGCUGUAAUCAAAAACAUCACAUUAAUAACUGAUAAAUCUACUCAAUGUUUGCUUUAUUCGUUUUAUAUUUCAACAAUUAUGUUUUUACUAUUAUGUGUCUUGCUCUAUUUGGAUGUCUGCACUAAAAGCUUCAAGUUACAAAGAAAAUUCCUUUACAUUCAGUGUUGGGUGUAACUAGUUACUGUAAUUUAAUUACUUAAGGGAUUACUCGAAUUUUUUCUGUAAUUUAAUUACAGUUACUUUUGAUGUAAUUCAACUAAAUACUGUGUGUGCAAGAAUUGACAUCAACUUUAAAAUCUGUGCUUUAAUGUAUAAUUCUCACAUUUGUAAUACUUUGGUCAGUUAGUCACGAGUCGCAACAGCAAUCAAUUGUCCUGCAAAUGCCGGUCAUGUUUGUAAGAUAACUUUCAGAUCGCGAAAUUAGCGCAAGUCAUGACACGCAACAGCAAUCAAUGGUCUCAUGCCUCGUGAAUGUAAACAUAAGCUGUGUUCGAGUGUUUGUGGCGCUGCACGCACAGACAGACCUACAGAUUUAAAUGGGCGUGGUCACUGUUAGAAGAAGGGUUGGGGAGUGGGCGGAGCACAGGAGAAAGAGGAAACAACUGUCAUCUGUGUGUCUCCUCAUCAAAUACAAGCAUAUAAACAACAUAAUAUGUUAAAUGUCAUUUCCCCCUAAUAUAUUAUAUAUUAGAUUAAUCAUAAUUUCGUAUAACCGAGUUGUUUUGGCUCAAGAAGUGCUCAGCAAUGCAAAGAGGAUCUGUCAUAUCACUUAUUUUUUAAAUCUAAAAAAACCCACCCAUAUUUGCCGGACAAAAAUCCUCCUUUUCCCACACAGUGUUAUACGACUGAAAACGACUCUGCCGUCCCAAAUGCAACUAGCCGCGCUGUCAAAACACAAUAAAUAUGGAGAGUGACACCGAAGUUAGCAGUGUCAACAGUAGGCAGAGCUCUGAUGAGGUGGAGGAAAUAUUUGAAAUGUCUUUUUUAAAGAAAAUAAAGGUGUGUUAUAGGCUAUAUAGGAUUGUUAAAUGCAUUACAGUGUUAACCACUAAAGAACAGCAAAGUCUGGAAAAGCAUGAGCAUCAGUUAGGUGAGAAAAAGUAACGCAAAAGUACUUUGUUACUUUCCACAAAAAGUACCCAAGUAACGUAUUUAGUUACUUUUUAUAGAGUAACUCAAUAUUGUAACUAGUUACUUUUAAAAGAAACUUUUCCCGACACUGAUUUACAACACACAUUAUGAACAACAAUGAUGCAUCAUACCAUUUAAUAACCCUUAAUAAUGCAUCAU